CCGCUGAAUCCAGGCCUGCGGCAACGGCCGCGGCCGUCCCUUCUUGCCAUGCCUCUGGGUCCGAAGACUGCCGUGCAGGUGUGGGUGGGUGGCCAGCUCUUCCAGGCCGACCAGGCCCUGUUGGUGGAACACUGCGGCUUCUUCCGCGGCCUCUUCCGAUCCGGCAUGAGGGAGGCGCGCGCGGCCGAGGUGCGCCUGGGCGCCCUGAGCCCGGCCGGCUUCCACACUACGCUGCAGGUGCUGCGCGGCGAGCGGCCGGCGCUGGAGGCCGCCGACGACCUGCUGCAGGCCGUGGAGUGCGCCGCCUUCCUGCAGGCGCCGGCGCUGGCGCGAUUCCUGGAGCACAGCCUCACGUCCGACAACUGCGCGUUGCUGUGCGACGCGGCCGCCGCCUUCGGCCUGCGAGAUGUGUUCCACAGCGCCGCGCUCUUCAUCCGCGACGGCGCGCGCGACCUGGCGACGGAGCUGGUGCUGCCCGAGGCCCGCGCGUACGUGGCGGCGCUGCGGCCCAGCAGCUACGUAGCUUUAAGCACGCACACCCCUGCGCCUGGCUUCUUGGAGGACCAGUCGCGAACGGUGUGCUACCUCGACGAGGAGGAGGACGCGUGGCGCACGCUGGCUAUGCUGCCCUUGGAGGCCAGCACAAUGCUGGCUGGUGUGGCCACGCUGGGCAACAAGCUCUACAUUGUGGGGGGCGUGCGAGGUCCCAGUAAGGAGGUGGUGGAACUCGGCUUCUGCUACGACCCUGAGAGUGGCACCUGGUGCGAGUUCCCCAGCCCGCAUCAGCCGCGCUACGACACGGCACUGGCCGGCUUCGAUGGCUGCCUCUACGCCAUCGGCGGCGAGUUCCAGAGGAUGCCCAUGAGCUCCGUGGAGCGCUACGACCCGGCCGCUGCCUGCUGGAGCUUCGUGGCAGACCUGCCGCAGCCGGCUGCCGGCGUGCCCUGCGCCCAGGCAUGUGGUCGCCUUUUCGUGUGUCUGUGGCGGCCAGCCGACACCACGGCUGUGGUGGAGUACUCGGUGCGGGCCGACACCUGGCUGCCGGUGGCUGAGUUGCGACGUCCUCAGAGCUACGGCCACUGCAUGGUGGCCCACCGUGACAGCCUCUACGUGGUGCGAAACGGGCCAUCCGACGACUUUCUACAUUGCGCCAUCGAUUGCUUCAACCUGGCCACGGGCCAGUGGACGGCGCUGCCCGGCCAGUUUGUCAACAGCAAGGGGGCGCUCUUCACAGCGGUGGUGCGCGGUGACACCGUCUAUACUGUCAACCGCAUGUUCACACUGCUCUAUGCCAUCGAGGACAGCGCCUGGCGGCUGCUCAGGGAAAAGGCAGGCUUCCCACGGCCCGGCUCCUUGCAGACCUUUCUCCUGAGGCUGCCUACUGGUGCUCAGGGGCCUGUGGCCUCAACAACACCUGAACUGUGACUCCUGGACCGGGCUUUAGGAGAGGAUGACCUCCUGAGUUUUCCCUGAGUCACGGCUGAGUCUGUGAGGCCGGACCUUUUGAGCAGCGGGGAAUUCCUCUCUUCCUGGUUGAGACGAUCAGAUCUCAUGUUGUCAGGUGGUGUAAACAUGUCCAGGAAACUCAGGGAGCAAAGACAUGCUAGGGUCUGAGCCCUCAAUGAAAGCUGGUGGGUCACAAUGUCAGUGUGUGUGGGGGGGAAGGAAUUGCUGUCAUCUAGGCUUGUGUGUGAGCCAGGAAUGGGCCAGGAAGUGAGCAUGGGUAGGAGUGGAUCAAGUGAUGUUAAUCAAACUAGGCAACUACUGUGUGCCCAGCACACUGCUUCCCCUGGUGUAGUUUGUAGUUGCCAGCCAGACAGAGGUCCGCAAAACUUAGAGUUUAGCCCAGAAAAACUCAAUUCUAACAGAACAUUUAGAGGACAACAAAAGGUUUACACAUACUUGUCUUGGUCCACAAAGGGUUGAAGGCAAUAUGCAAAAAAGAAAAGAAAAGAAAGAGAGAGAGAGAGAAAGAACCCAUAAUGUAACAUAAAUAUAAAACAAAGUACUGAAGAAAUUAGGGCAAAGGGUAACUAGGAAAAGGAAAAAUAAGUAAUUCCAGGAAGGAGGGUAUACUACGUGAAGAAGAAAGGCAGGAUGAUUAGCUGCUGAAAGGGAGGCCCAUCUGGUGGAGACAGAGCUCAGCAGGCCCAGGAGAGGAGGGAAGGGGUCAGCAGACCGGGAGUCUCUGUGAACCCCGCCUUGGAGGCAGAGCAGUUGUGGAUGGGGACAUUCGGGGUGGGGGCAAGGCUGGGCUGGCAUGUAGAGACAACUGAACCGAACCUGGAGAGAAACCUAUGAGGAGAAAAGGGGUUUCCUCACCCCCUUAUAGGGUAUGAACCUGCAGGGAGAACCCAGUGGUAAGCCCCUUGCCUACCCCCAUUUUUCAUCACCCCAGGGGCAGUGGACUAUUAACUUCCACGAGUACAGGC